GCGCGUCGGGCCGCCUCUCGCUGGUGCAGGUGCUCCGGCUCUACAGAGAGAGAGUGAGAGAGUGUGAGAGAGUGUGAGAGAGUGUGAGCAAGCCAGAGGGAUGCGAAAAGGAGAGAAGGGGAUGAAGAAGGGCGAGAAUGAAGGGAUGCGCCGAAGGGAAGGGUGCAGAGCAUGAAUGAGAGGGAUUUCAUCAGCUGCCAGUGCGUCGCGCAUCCCCGGGGCUCGCCUAGGAAUGAUCUGUUACUGAAAGGGGCACUUUGAGAUAUGAUGAGCUCUCUUACUGGCUGGCAAUAGUACUAUGAUUUGGUAUGUGGCCACUUUGAUAGCAAGUGUGUUCAGCGCCAGAGGAACGGCCGCUCAAGGUGCCCACGGAGUCAGAGAGGAGCCCCAGUUUGAGACAGCCCGUGCUGGGGACACCGUGGUUCUGGGAUGUGACGUGUCCCACCCGCUCAACGGCCAGCCCUACGUGGUGGAGUGGUUCAAGCACGGAGUGCCCAUCCCCUUCUUUAUCAACUUCCGCUUUUACCCUCCACAUGUGGACCCUGAGUACGCUGGACGAGCCACUCUGCAUGGAAAAUCAUCUCUGCGGAUUGAGAGGGUACGGUCGGAGGAUCAGGGCUGGUACGAGUGCAAGGUGCUGAUGUUGGAACAGCAGUACGACGCCUUCCACAAUGGCAGCUGGGUGCAUCUCACAGUGAACGCUCCUCCCACCUUUACAGACACACCACCUCAGUAUGUGGAGGCUAAAGAGGGGGGCAGCAUCACUCUGAGCUGCACCGCCUUUGGAAACCCCAAACCCUUAGUGAACUGGAUACGGGAAGGCAAGGAGAUACAGGGAAGUGCCAAGUACAAGGUUAGUGAUGGCAGCCUGACUGUGUUGUCCAUCACCCGGGAGGAUCGAGGAGCGUACAUGUGCAGGGCCUACAGCGUGCAGGGAGAGGCUGUCCAUACCACACGCCUUCUCGUCCAAGGACCUCCAUUUAUUGUGUCCCCUCCAGAGAACAUAACAGUGAACAUAUCCCAGGAUGCAUUCUUCACCUGCCAGGCUGAAGCGUACCCUGGCAACAUGACGUACACCUGGUUCUGGGAGGAAGAUAAUGUCUUCUUCAAGAAUGAUCUGAAGCGCAGAGUGAGCAUUCUGAUUGAUGGAUCCCUCAUCAUUGCUCAGGUGAAGCCUGAAGAUGCUGGAAAAUACACUUGCAGUCCCAGUAACAGUCUCGGCCGGCCCCCUACUGCAUCAGCAUACCUAAUAGUGCAAUACCCUGCCCGCGUGGUGAACAUGCCACCCGUCAUAUAUGUGGCCAUCGGACUGCCGGGGUACAUCCGCUGCCCGGUGGAUGCCAACCCACCUGUCACUUCAGUGAAGUGGAAAAAAGAUGGUCUGCCUCUCCGGAUAGAAAAAUUCCCUGGCUGGAGCCAAAUGGAAGAUGGAAGUAUUCGAGUGGCAGAGGUGACAGAGGACUCUCUUGGCACCUACGCCUGCGUGCCUUACAACGCCCUGGGUACCAUGGGACAGUCGCCGUCCGCCCCCCUGGUGCUAAAGGACCCCCCUAAGUUCCUGGUGGUUCCUGGUGGAGAGUACAGGCAGGAAGCAGGAAGAGAGCUGGUCAUCCCCUGUGAGGCAGAAGGAGACCCGUACCCCAAUAUAACAUGGAGAAAGGUAGGGAAACCCAGCAGGAGCAAGCACAACGUCCUACCAAGAGGCAGCUUACAGAUCAAAUCUCUCAGCAAGGAGGACCACGGGGAGUGGGAAUGUGUCGCCACCAAUGUUGCCACGAGCAUCACUGCCAGCACGCGCCUCCUCGUAAUCGGCACAAGCCCUCACGCCCCAACCAACGUCCGUGUUUCAGUCUCGACGACCUCAGCCAACGUCUCAUGGGAGCCCGCCUAUGACGGUGGCUUCGAGCAGACAUUCUCAGUCUGGGUGAAGAGGGAGCAGCUGGGCUCUCAUGACUGGCACUCCACCUCCGUCCCUAGCGGACAACACUGGCUGCUGGUGCAGGGCCUGGAGUCCGAGACGGCCUACCAGUUUAGCGUCCUGGCGCAAAACAAGCUCGGCACGGGUCCCUUCAGCGAGGUCGUCACUGUGAACACUCUAGUAUUUCCUAUAAGUACCCCUGAACCACUGGUGCUGCUUACCCCACCACGGUGCCUCACAGCCAACCGGACACAACAGGGAGUCCUACUAACGUGGCUCCCUCCAGCCAAUCACACGUCGCCGAUCAAUCACUACAUCAUGGAGUUUCGCCUGGGCGAGAGGUGGGACGUCCUUGAUGAUGCAAUUCCCGCAGGAGAGACGGAGCUGUUAGCCAGAGAUCUGAUUCAGGAGGCAUGGUAUGAGUUUAGAGUUAUGGCAGUCAUGGACGACCUCAUCAGUGAACCCAGCAACGUAGUCGGGGUCUCCAGUACAGACUUCUUCCCACUGCCAGACAUACCAGAAGAAGGGUUGGCACGUCCGGUGGUGGCGGGCAUUGUGGCCACCAUCUGCUUCCUGGCAGCAGCUAUCCUUUUCAGCACACUGGCAGUCUGCUUCGUCAACAAGCAGAGACGGCGCAAGCUCAAAAGGAGACGAGAUCCUCAACUUUCAAUAACACACACCAGGAAAAGCGUUGAGACUCCGUCAUCUGGAAAGAUGAGUCCAGAGAGUGUCCAAACCAUAGGAGCUCCAUCGGAGUCAUCUGAGGAUGGCUCACGACCUAGGAAGUUUCCACCAAGUCCUGCCAAGGAGAAGGAGCUAUCCUUAUAUAAGAAGACCAAACGAGCAAUAAUUAGCAAGAAAUAUAGCGUCUCUAAACAUGAGGCUGAGGCUACCACACCCAUUGAGUUGAUAAGCCGAGGCCCCGAUGGUCGCUUUAUCAUGGAUCCCACUGAAAGAGAAACACCAGUAAAGCCCAGACGAAUUGAGGGCUUUCCCUUUGUGGAAGAGUCAGAUCUUUAUCCAGAAUUUCGACAGUCUGAUGAAGAAAAUGAUGACCCAGGCCCUAUGCCUCCUAUGAUGGCCACCCUAAGACCUCAUCAGAUCUCUCCCCUUUCAUCCAGCCAAGAAUCUUACUUGCAGCCCCCAGCCUAUAGCCCCCGCUUUCAGAGGCCAAUGGAGGGUAUGACCAUCAUGGAAAGCAGCCGACUUCAUGCCAUGGGACAAAUACGUGGUGCUCCUCAUUUUCGAGCCUUUUCCCAUGGUCAGUUCUACUUGGGCAGUUACUUGGGCAAUCCUGGAGAACCUGAGCCCCCACCCCCUUUCUACAUGACAGACACCAGCCCACUUAGCUCAGUUGUCUCUUCACCCCCUUAUCAUCUUGAGGGGCGUUUUGGUCAUCCAGCCAUGCCAGAAGAGAUACGUGAGAGAGAGAUUCAACACUAUGCAGUCUCAGGCUGCUCCCUUCCCUUGCCCCACACAUCGUCUCGCUCGCCAGACAUUUGGCAACGGCCUGAUUUUUCCUUUGCCACAUUUGAAGGUCCACACUUCAUAUUUCCUCCACCUCAUCCUUUGCAAUUUCAUCGGGAACCACCUCUUCCACCUCCCUUGGUUCACCCUCCCAGUGCUCUCCCACCCCCUUCUAUUCACAUACCUUCCUACCCUGGUAUACUACAGCUGGAGGCCCCAAAAAGUCGGCCAAGCAAGUCUCCCAGCAGAGUAAAGCCUCAGGGCCUUCCAGCCAGACAUUUACCUAUGCAAGAGGCACAGAGUCUAGGGCAGCUAAGACACACAAGCCACGGUAUGGGUGUGCCGGUAUUGCCUUACCCUGACCCAGCGUCUCACAUUGGUCCUAGCUCAUUCGGAAGCCUGGAUACCCGCUGGUAUGAGUUAAUGCCCAGACUCAGCCCCAGGCAGCCCCGUAGGAUGGAACCCAGCAUGGUAGUACUCCAGCCAUCCCGCCUUUCACCUCUUACUCAAAGCCCCAUUAGCUCUCAUGAAGGCUCACCAGAGAUUGUAGUGCGUCCACGGCCCCGUCCUAGCGUUGUGCCACCACCUAUUCCUCCUGAGAUGUCUGAAAUAACCCUGCAGCCUCCUUCUUCUGUAAGCUUCUCAAAGAGAUCCUCCCCGUCUUCUUCUCCUGCUCAAGGCCAGGGCAGCCGAAGGGCAAGUCCUAGUUACCGUUCCCAUAUGACUUUUUCCACCUCAGCAGCAAGCUAUCCGUCCCAGUCCCCAUCACCUCCUAUGGAAAGCAGCAACCUUUUCGGACAGAUGCCAACCCGCAGAAGGAGUGAGGAGGAGAUUCUUCCAUCAGAACCCUCUCCAACCCAACUAUCAGGAAAACAUCGGGGUACAUCAAGUGGCCCUGCAGGGUCUGAGAGGAUAGAAGCAUUGAGAUUCCAACGCAUCAAAAAAGCCAAGAAGUUCGCAGUAAACAAUAACAACUCCAAGGGCAGAAAGAAAAUGGGUGUCCCAACCUCUCAGACCCAGCAGCCCCACACCUCUCAGGUUCUCCCACCAGAAGAAGCUGUCUACCUCCGCAAAAAGAAGAAAAAGUUGACCAGACAGGACCCAUAUGCCCGCUUCUCUGCCCUGCUGUACCGCCGCCCACCACGAGAUGACCAGAAAGCCAUUCUGGCAAGUAUGGACUCAGCGGACACAGACCAUGCCACUUUUCUCUGAGGCCCUGGAGAGCAGGCUGCACUCUUCCCAAAGCCCACUGCAUUUUCUUGCCUCACUGGCUCAACCAGCCACACUCUAUGUCUGGCUCCUCUUUGUU